AUGGCAGCGGCUGCUGUGGCCAGGUCUGGACUGGGCACUGAGGACACAGGAAUUAAUCAGACUUUGUGUUUGAGAAGGUUGCGCUUGAUGAGAAAAAAAGACAAGGACACGUCGCUGAUGGCCAUGAGAGGCUCAAAGCUGGGGAUGUGCGGAGAAGUCGAGGCCACUUCUCCAGGAGACUGGUGUGCAGGCCGGAGUGGGGAGGCGUGCAGAUCAGGGAAUGUGGUUUCUAGGAAAAGCGGGUACCUGAGUUGGUCGGAGGGGAAGAAGGGUCAUAUUUUUAGGGAAAGGAGGGUGGGUCUGGGCUCCAGGGGAGAAAGACAGACUUGUGCUUUGGGAACAAAAGACCUUUGGGAGUAUGGGCCCAGCCCAGGCCCUCAGCAGCAGCAAGGCCUUGGUGUUCGCACAGAUGAAGUGGUGAUGGUGGCAGUGGCCUCCCCUGGGCAGGGUUUGGUAGGUGACUGCCCAGCCCUGUGUCCCUUUAGGGCCCUCUUCAGACUGUCUCAUAUGGCAGAGCUUUGA